AUGCAUAUAAAGAACGCAAGAAGAAUUAUUGUUGAGUCACUGGAGGGAAGAAGAAAACCCACAGCGCACGAUAUAGAAUACAAUAUGGACGAAACAGACAGAGACAUUCUGCAGUAUUUACAGAGCAGGCACUCUUGGUUCACAGAGGACAUGUAUGAACUGGUCAUGGACAGACUAGAAAAAGAGCAUCACUUUUUGCAACGAAUUGCCAUAACAAAAAUAUCUGAUGGCGAUGAUUUGUCAGAGGAGUGCAAUAUAUGUGGAGGAAAGGAAACGGAAGAUGACAACUUUCUUGUGUUCUGUGAUGGGUGUAAUAUUGCUGUUCACCAGUCUUGCUACGGAGUACCGCACAUUCCAGAGGGCAGUUGGCUCUGUCGGCCAUGCCUUUUGUCACCAAAAAAAGUAAUUAGUUGCAUUCUGUGCUCUUCACUGGGCGGAGCAUACAAGCGAACCAGAAAUGGGUUUUGGUGCCAUGUGAUAUGCGGCUUACUCAUACCCGGUGCGCGGUUUGAGAAUGUUUCUUUGGUUGAGCCCGUUGACAUAGAUGAUGUGCACAGGAGCCAGCACCACUGCACAGAGUGCGGGUUUAAGAAAGGAGGUGUGGCAAACUGUGCAUACUAUGGCUGUCGCAGAUACUACCAUGCGACUUGUGCUGUUGAAAGCCAGAAGUACAUAGACAUUGCCAACGGAAUUUUAUUUUGCACUGAGCAUGAUCCAAAGAAAAAAGCAGAACUGGCCAUGACGCGGUCUCCUGAUAGCAAUUACCCCGUGCUUGAAAAUCCUCCAGUCCUUCACAACUAUGUCCCGCUAUGGCAGCCGCAGAGAAGAGUUCACUUAGAAAUUGAAAAUGUUCCUGUAAAAAUUUCUGAUUAUGUGGUCAACCGAAUUGCAGAGCGUGAUCUACCCAAUAUAAAAUCAAGCGCAUCCUGCAUUAAAGACAUGUUUGCUGCAUGGCAAGCCAGAAAGAAGGACAGAACCAUCAUAAAAAGGCUUCGCAUUGACUCUCCUUCAGAUGAGUUCAACCACUGGGGGAAGAGAGUGUUUACAGAGAAUCCGGCAAUUACCAGGGAAUCAAAUAUUUUACACGCGAUUUUAAAACUUCCAGAAGAAAUAGUCCUACCCGCAGCAGAAAAGUACUUGUAUAACAUAUGCGCAGUCACUACGCACAGAAUCGUGAAUUCAUACAAGCUCGCAGAGAACAUAGCAGACACAACAUCCAAGCACAUUUUAGAUAUGGAAAGCAACAGAAUCUCGCUUAUCUCUAAAUUCAUUAAGGGAUACAAUCAGAUCCAAUCUCUGCACAAUGCAUUAACAGCUGCAGACAGGCAUUCUCUAUUUAAAGAGCAAAUUACAGAUGAUAUUGCCCCAGGGUACUCCUCUAUAAUACGGACGCCCGUAUCACUUGAUCUUAUAAAGCAAAGAAUAUCUAAACUUAAGUACAAAUCAUUUGCAGACACCGUGAAGGACGUAGAAUUGCUCAUAAAUAAUGCAUACACGUACAAUGGCCGCGACUCCUUCAUUGGAAUAGAAACUGCUCACAUAGAAGAAAAGCUUAGACAGUAUACAGUCAAAGAAAAUGAAAUAAUUCUAGCCAGAAUAUUACCAAACCCAUACAUGCCGUAUAAAGUCAUUCGCACAGACUUAGAAGCAAUUUUAGAUGCAGUAGAGGUACAGGAGAUUCUAACAAAGGAGACUCACUUAAUAGAAAGAGAUAGACUAAUUAUAGUGGAUUCAUCAGAAAAUAUUAUGGAAAGGCUAUGUGAGCUAAACCGAUUAACAGGAAUAUCUCUAAGCCAGGAAAAAGAACAAACUAAUUCUGUAAAAGCAGCUGGUAAUUUUAAAUAACGGGUUUACCGUUUGUUAUCUUUUUUGUAAAUCUUUCUCAGAUCAUUUCCCUUUUAGG